AUGCCGCGACUCAACCUCCUCCAGCUACUCUUCGUCUCGCUGAUGCUUCUCUCGCUUGUCUUUGCGACUGAAUCUCACGAUGACACCUCCCGUGAGUCCCACCAGGGUAUCCUGGCCGGUGUCCAAGGUCAUUCCAGCAAUGCCCUCCAUGACGCCCUCCACGCUCUGUCCACCAAAUUCCGCGACGGCAUCUUCGAGACUGACCUGAGUGCCGUCGAAGCCCUGCAAAAAGAGGAUCAAUCCAUUGCCAGCCUGGUGAGGCUUGCCAAGCGUGAGAGCAAUACCACUGCUACUCCCGAGCCCACCUCGUCGGCUUCUUCCUCCGAUCCCACUACGUCCAGCAGUGAUACACCCACCACCUCGGACACCAUCCCGACCUCAAGCUCUUCCUCUGAUACCCCCACUACUUCCAAAACCACCACCUCCACGGAGCAGACCACUACCUCUUCGUCCUCUUCGUCUUCCACCGCUCCGACCACCACCAGCAGCAGCAGCAGCAGCAGCAGCAGCAGUAGCAGCACGACUACUACUACCAGCUCUUCCUCCUCUUCGUCGUCGUCUUCAUCUUCCUCCAGCUCACCCGCUACUACCCUGACGACAGCGACCAGCACCACUUCUUCCUCUUCUUCCUCUCAGAGCACUCAUACCACCACUGCCGAAGAAAGCUCGUCUACCUCGGUCUUCAAGUCCACCACUACUUUGCCCAAUGGUGAAGUGAGCACUCUCACCUCCACCACUAUCAUCAAGGUCCACCCAACCGGUUCGGACGCAACCACCACUGGAGCCGGUCGUGGCAGUCUGCAAACCGGUGCUGCUACUAUGCCCAACGCCGGUCUCACUCGCGAGGUUGCUGCCAUGGUCGGCGGUGCCAUCGUGGUCGCCAUGGCUCUGUAA